UCGACGUGAACAGUCGUUUCUGUAACAGUGCACCAACUUAGUUACGUCAUAUUGACGAGUGAUUUCAGUGUUAUGGUGGUUCGAUGGUUUUGAAAUGGUUCGCCAUAAGGAAUCAAAGUAUGCUCUUACGCAUAUAUCUGCGAUAUUUUUGUGGCUGUUCGCGUUUAUUAACGGAAUGCACGCCGUGAAAAUAGUGAAAGUAGUUGUGCCGGAAAUAAUUCAGUAUGGUGUUGAGGACGCGGUGGUACUAGACUGUGACUACACAUAUGGUAACGACACAGCGGGCCUCAUGGUGAAGUGGUUCUUCAAGAACAAAGCGAGGCCCGUAUACCAAUGGAUUGCCUCGCAAAAGCCCCAAGAUAUGGGCAUAUUACGUGGCCGUGUGGACCUAACAUAUAAAGCCUCCAAUGACCCAUUAAAAAUGCACAGAGCACUACGAAUAGUGAAGCCAAAUACAGAUAUUUCGGGAGAUUAUACCUGCGUAGUCUCCACAUUUAUGGAGGAAGAUUCGAAAACAAAACAAAUGAUUGUCUUUGCGCCGGAGACGAACUUCCGGCUGGUGCAGAAUAAGACUGACGAUGACACAGUGAACGUCAUCUGUGCGGCGGAUGGGGCCUUCCCCGCCCCUAACCUCACUCUUGCCACACCUGAGCGGCACUUAGAUGGCGUAUCACAUCACCUAAAGCUAGUCAAUGGGCGGUACUCCGCUGUGGCGACAGUGACGCUACUCGACGCUGACCUGCCUUCCGCGGCUGAGUUCAUAUGCACACUUAGGAUACCGCAAGCCAAGUACGCAGUGCGGAAAGAGGCUAUUUACUAUCCAGGUCCUAUCAGUACAACACCAGAGAUGCCAACCGCCGCAGACAUGCAGUUAGCAGCAGCUGUUGGUUCAAGAGGUUCGAGUGUUCAAACAGCAUUAACGAUACUUACGUUGACAACUAUAGCCCAACUGUAUUUGUCAUAGAUAUCUGGAUUUGAGAUUGCUUUGCUGCGUUUCUCUAGUCACAACCAAAUGCUAAUAGACUAUAAUCAUAAAUUAGAUUAUACACGGAAUUGUAUUUUAUUUAAUUUACUAAAUAUAGACAAGUUAUGCACGAAUGACAAAUAUACUGAGAUCUCUUGAUAUUGUUUAUAUGGAAAGAUAAAACCUGUUAACCAGGCACACCACAUCAGUACCCAUUCCGAUCAUAUUUUCAUGGACGAGAUACUGUAUGAAAGAUCUGUGGUCCCGGUAACUUCAUAGCAAUACCGAUGGAGAUCUCAAUAACAAGUGAAAUCAGCGCUAAAGAUAUUCAACUGCAUCGACAUUGCAUACAGGUCGGAAUUGGUAUUGCACUUGGAACAAUAAAGGCGCUGGUUCGAAGUUGUUUCGUUGUGUUUUCGGUACUUUGUUAGUGUCAUUUUAGUUCAGUUUGCAAUGUAAUCUUUGAAGUCUAUUUACCGUAUCAUUCAAUGUCAUGAGCGUACUAUGAACGUGUGGGGUACGGAAACGAGCUCAUAACGGACCUCUACCCAUAGAAUUGUCCCACCUGUAUACUAUAACACGCUCCUAGUACUGACAUGGCACGGUGCAGUAAAAUAUUAAAAUUGUGACAUUAUUUUGUAGUAAUAUUAGUUUUUAAGGCAUAAAUUGCAUAUGAUUUUUCGUUUUAAACCAAAAAUACGUCAAAGACUAUAAUUUCAUUUUAAUAUAAGACUUUUUACCACUUAGCUUAAAAUAAUAUAUGUUAGUUAUGAAAAUGUACAGUUAUAAAAAAUAAUUUAUUCAUAUUUUCAAAGUAUUUUUCUUAUUCUAGCGUAAUGUACAUAUGGAUGUAUAGAUGAAUAGGAGGGCCUAAACGUUUUGGGUUUUAUUUUGAUCAUUAAUGUCAUUAAUAUGUUUACACACUACUUUGCAUUGGUAUUGAAUUUAAUUCAAACUAUUAAUAGACACAAGUGAUGAUUUUAGGCUACCUACUAGGUAAUAAAUUGUGUCAACCUUCAAGGAUCUUAAAUAUAGAUAUAUAACAUAAAAUCUAUGUUUUGGUUAUACCUUAAUAUCUGAAGUGAAAAUAUUAUUGACAUAUAAUACGCCUUCAAGCAACCACUUAUAUGAGACAGACUGGACGGCGUAGUUACUCACUUGAAUGUCAUUGAUUCGAAUUUCAUAAUGGAAAUAUAUUACCUUAUUAAACUAUGUAAACGUUAACUAAGUGAAUUUUUUAAGAGGAAUGGAGCUGCUUAUAAUUGUAAUACACGCUUAGAAACACGUAGGCGAUUGUAGCCUUACGAUAAUUUCUUUAAAUGUUUGACUUAUUUUGCAAAUUAAUUUCCAAAUAAAAUUAACAUUUCUUUGAAAAAAUAAGUCAAUAAUCGUAUUAAUGUUCAUUAAUUUAUAACUUGAGUAAAUUAUGAAUAAUUUUGUCAUUAUGGGCACGAGUCUGGGCCGAUUAAAUGCAAUUAUGUCUGAAACAGUAUAACUGGGUCAGGGACAAGAUAAAUUACGUUAUUAAUUUAUAAUAAUUUUACAGAUAAUUUAAUUCAAAAAGCGUAAUUCGCCGGAUUUUUGGGAUUUUAGUCGUGCUUCAAAUGGUUCCUUUGUAAGCAAUAACGAUUAUUUCAAUUACCUCUAUGGGUAAGAAUAGAGUCGAGACUUAGCUCUGAGUAAAAAAAUAUAUAUUUAUUAUGGAAUAUUUGAUACAGGCAUCAUUUAUUCCACGUCAUUAUAUUUGAAUCAGUAAACAUCCCUACUCAUCGGCAAAGAAGGCAAAGUAUCUUACCUUAAUUGUAGACUGUCUCAAUUAUAAAAAAAAUAUGUUGAACAUCUAAGAUGCAAUUUUCUUUUCUUCUAAAUUUACUUAUGAUAUCCGGCAUAGGGGACAGUUCAACUUUAAUUUAAAAUUAACAGCCGUACAUAAUCUUACAAUAACGAUGCUGUUACAACUUUAUGCCUUUGUAAUUAAAAAGUAAGUUUAGUUUUGUUUUAAAAAACAAUAGUUUUGGUUUGUGGGCUUUGGUAUAUUUUUUAGGUUUUCGAUAAUAAUAAUUAAUUUGCCAUGAAUAUGGAUCAUAAGAUGGAUGUCUUGCAAAGAACUGCACUGGCUUAAUGGCAUUAAGCAUUUAAUUAACAUCUCUAAGUACGGCUGUUAGUACCGUACUUUAUGUCUACGUUUAUUAAUGUUUGUUGAAAUGUUAACCGUGGAUAAUUCACGGUAUUUAAAGAUUAAACGAUAUACGUAUAUAUUAUGUACAAAAUUAUAUACUUUUGGCCUUAAUUAAAAUCUUUGGGGGCAUUUGCCCCUUUCAGGGUAACUGUUAAUUUUGUAACUGUUUAUGUUUAAAGCAAUGUUAUUGCCCUUAUUCUAGUAUUUAAAAUUAAAUUACUUUGUACAAGUAUCAUAUUAUAAACAUUAUCAUUGUAUAAAUGCUGAGUAUAAAAAGCCUGCUAUAAAUACUAUCUCAUGAUAGUAUUAUGAUUUUAAAAAUGUAUUAAAACAAAUUGCUACACACAUGUUUUUAGCUAAUCAUGUCCUUCACUCAUCAUUUGUCUCAUUGUUUUUAUUAACUAACUUUUGUUAUAAGCUAAAGUAACUUCGACACAGGAAAACAAUUGACAGUUAUUUGUGACAAGAAAUACGACCUAAAUCAUCACUGUCUGUCGUUUCGCAACUGAGUGCUUAAGCCAUAAGCCGCGUACCACGUCCCUCUGUUUUAAAAACAAAACUUUGUUUGACAUAGGUCGGAAAAUAUGUGUGUUACAAGCUGUUCUUGUAUUAAAUGUAUAAUAAGCUUACUCUGUAAUACUGCAUCCGUUCAUGAAUAAGGGCUACUGUAAAUAUUUGUACGCAUUUAGUUUUGUUAGGACACAUUCGCUGUGCAUAUGCCAUGUAUGGAUAAGAUCCAAUGAAGACUUUUAUUGUGAGAUUUCUUAAAUAAAUUGAAGGGUCGUUGUGUAA